AUGGUGAAAGCUGAAGGCCCCCUCCUCUCUCCACCAUCGGAGUCGGUCUCAACUUGCCCACUCGACUCCCCGAUUCGUACCACACCCAUACACCCAGACCUCCCUGAGGUUCAAGUACCAGGAGGACCUCUUCCCGUUUACAGCUACCAUCCAAUUUCCUGUCAACCAAUUGAAGACCAAGAUCUCCGCACAGAGCUCGAGCAGCUGCGACAAGAGUUUCCUUCUAAAGAAGCCGCCCUGAGAGCCCAAGAACAGGCCGCCAAAGAAGCGAAAAGGAAAAUCGAAGAAGCCGAAAAGAAACGAGAGCAGGUCCAGAAGGAGAUCGACAAGAAGAUUAAGGAACUAGAUAUGGAGAUGAAGAUUGCAUCGAAAUACCGGGAAGUCAAGGCAUCAGAUAUCCCAUCUUGA